UAAUAUGGGACUUAUCCUAAUUAAUAAAAACUACACAUACAUUAUAGUAUACACUGGGAAAGGUUUAUAUGGCAUAGAUGGAAUAGUGUAAAUAUUGGCACGUCAAGCUACCCAUGCAUGUCUCAUCCACCCAUACAAACCAACAUUCAUCAGUAUCAUCUCACUUUCAUAGUUUUAUUCAUCAAGCAGCAUCGUCAGUGGCAUUCAUCAAACAUUCAAACCCCAUCUCCCUCUCUCUCUCUCAUCGAUCCUCACCAUCACCACAUCCUCACUUGGUGGUUGGAUUAGAGGCGGUAAUCCAAUCCCAAUACCAAUACUUAAUACUAGUUAAUACCAAUUGGUGUUGGGCUUUUCACAGGGCCGAAAUCAUUAUUAAUUAUUAAAUACUCUCCUCCGUUCCGUAUCAGUUUCUCUCUCCUCUUCCUCUUCCUCUUCCUCUUCCUCAUCCUUCACCACUCAGAUCCGGUUGACUACCAACGCCGCCUCGUCGCCUCUGUGCUGCCACCGCCCUCUUGACUUGAAUCACAUCACACACACAGAUUGAUUUACUCAUGACUGAAUUGGUGGAGUUGUUCUCUAUUCGCCUCCAAGGUGGUGAUAAUGAUCUCGCUGAUAUAAGAGAUGCCGAAGUUGAUGGCGUUGUUUUGGCACAUGACCUUUCUUGGCUUCAAUUCUACAAGCUGAAACUGCCACAGGAAGGUGAAGGUGAAGGUGAAGGUGAAGGUGGUUUUGAUUCCAUCCUCCCAGAUGGUACCUUGCAUUUGACUGGCGCACAUCGUUGUAUAGAUGGUAAUGGAGGAUGGUGCGUCAAACUUGCUCUCAGGGAUAACAAUCGAAAGCUUGUAUAUGGCCGUGGGUUUUAUUCAACUUCUAUUUUAACUGCUGGAAGGUAUCAUAAUGAGCUGAUGUCUGCUGUUAUCCCCGGAAAGCAUGGAUAUGCAGUCAUGCAUUUUAUCUGGUUUAAGAAGGCAGUACAAGCUACUGUGGAAGUUGUUUCCCUUGUUGAAUCUAGUAGUUCUUCAGCAGCAUAUUACGGACACAUUCGAGCUUACCCUGAUCUUAAAUAUGAUAAUUCAUAUCAGAAGAAAUAUUUUAGAUCAACUUUGUUUUAUGCUUCAGCACAAAAGCCUAAAGUGCCAGAAGACGGUAACAAGAUUCAACUAUCAAGGCUUGCAGUGGCUGUCCCCAUGGAUUGGAAACUUAUAAUCGAAGCAGAAUUGUUUGAUUCAACAACCAAAUCCGAAGUUGCAAAUGGCAGAGUGUCUUUCUACGGUCAAACAUCUGGUAAAUCAUCCAAAAGAAUUGGCGGGAUACAAGUCAACAUAAGCUGGUGUGAUGACCCCAUUCAGCUGAGAUAAGCUAAGUAUGUCUCUCCAUAAAGCUUGAACCUUGGACAAUGGCUCUAUGGCUUUUAAUAUCAUACAAAGCAAGUAUUAGUAUGUACUCUCUAUGUUCUACGGCAGUAAACCUUGGCGUUGUUCUUUUCGCUGUAUCCAUCCUUGUAUGGAUACAAAUACUGGAUGUGAGAACUGAAUCACAGCAAAAGUUCUUCACCCUUACAGCGAUUAUUGAUACGCAGUUUGUGUAUGAUUUAGUUCAGGAAUUUAGGGCCUGUUUACGUUUGCUGAAAAAACCUAAACUAAAAACAACUGAAAGUAAUAUUUUACGAGAGAAGGAAAUCGAGAGUUGAACUGGACUGAAUUGAAUAUAAGCUGAAGUUAUCCGGAUGUAAAUUAUUGAUUUUUAUGUCUUCGUUUUUGUUAUAGAAAAUUAUAAUGACAUAAUAUUUUCUACGAGUGAAAAUUAAUGCGAUUGAUAUUUUUAAUUUUUUUACGUUGUUACACUUUCUAAUUUAGGAUUUUUUGAAUUAAACAUUAAAUUUUUACUUUAGGAAAUUCACCUUCUAUAUUACUUUCUACUCCCCUUUUUUCUUUCUCUAUAUUUUUUUCCUCUCUAAAUAUUAGCUGGAGCCCGUGAAUCCAAAAUUGUCGCAGCUAAUUAAUAAUGGAGGAAAUAUAUAAAUUAACUAAACAAUCGAUAACAUUAAUUAAUAUUAAUAUCUUAAAGCCUAUAACUGUUUAAAGAAGAAGAGAUUAAGUAAUUCAAUUGUUGCUUAAACUAAUAAAGAGUAAUGAGAAGAAUGGAGAUGAUAUUUAUUAGUUAGACAUAUAGUUUAGAGUAAAGAAAAGAAUGGAGAUGCCACUCAGGGCCGGCGCUUGGCC